AUGUCUGCUUCGGCACAGCAUAACGUCAGCAGUAGGCGGCCCGAUGCCCCGCCGGCGGCUUCCCCACUGGCGGCUUCCCCCGGCGUGCAGUUUCCGCCAGCGGCGCAGCCGGAGGUGAUGCGCGCCGCGGAGAAGGACGAGCUGUACGCGGCGUCGCUGGGCGACAUGUGUCACGACGCCAUUGCCUCGCAGCUCGGCCACCGCGUCGCGGGCCAAUGGGGCGGUCCGAUCCGCGUGGCGGCGCGGUGUCUCUACUAUCUCGUGACCACCGGCGCCGGCAGCAGGACUCUAGGGGAGGAGUACUGCGACAUAGUGCAGGUACCAGGCCGCUACAACCUGCGCCCCACCCUUGCGCGUCGCCUUUUUCUCGUGCUGCUGCACUCCCUGCUCCCCCGGCUGUGCCAGCUCACACCAGCGCCCGUUUGUCCCCUCUCCGCCAUCCCCCCCUCUCCGCCAUCCCCCCCUCUCCGCCAUCCCCCGCCCUUCUCGGGUGUCAGGUCGCUACAACCUUCCCCCCGUCACAUCAGCACCUGCAAUGUUACCCCGUUCCCACGUCCAUCCCCCUUCCUUCCCCUCCCCUCCCAGGUGUCAGGUGCUUACAACUUGCCACCUGCCCCAGCGCGUCGCCUCUCUCUUGUGCUGCUGCAUGCGCUGCUCCCGGCUGUAGCAGCUCACAUCAGCGCCCGCGCUGCUGCCCGGGGAAGGGCGCUCGCAGCAGCAGGGGAAGGGGGAGCAGGGGAGGGGGGAGUAGGGGCGGGGGGAGUAGGGGCGGGGGGAGUAGGGGCGGGGGGAGUAGGGGCGGGGGGAGUAGGCGAGGGGGGCACAGGGGGGACAACAGGCGGAGGGGGGAGAGGAGGAGUAGGGAAUGGAACAACACUUGCAGGGGCGGAGGAGGAGGCACCUCACAGCCACACAUCCAGCCUUAGGGCGAGAGAGGAGGGCGCAAUAGAGGGGGUUUCAGUAGAGGGAGGAGGCGUGGAAGCAGCACGUGUGAGCGGUGGAAGGGGGUUGGGAUGGGUGGCAGCUGUGGCGACAGAAUGGCACUGGGUGGGCUGUGUGAGGGAGCGAGUGAGGGAGAGAGUGUGGGAGAUGGGGAGGAGGGCGCUGGUGGUGUGGGCGGGGGUGGCAGUGCGAGGGGGGGAUGUGUUGAUGCUGCUGGGGAGGGCGCAUCUGCUGCUCUUCUACUGGCACGGGUCGUACCUGCAUGUAGCCAAGCGGGUGAAAGGCGUGCGAUACAUUUACACUGCCCAACCUCCUGCUUACUCCCCCAGAUAUCACAUGCUCGCAUUCUUCCUCUUCAUUCAGCUCGCGAUUCUCUCCUCUGAUUGGCUGCGCCGCUCUCUGCUGCAACACAGACCCCUGGCGCAUACCAUACCGCCACCACCCACAGCCCCACUGGCAGCCGCUGAUGCUCCACCAGAGUCCAGCAAGGGGUGGGGCGAGGAGACGGAGGGGUCUCAACAGUUUCAAGAGGGUGAAGUGGAGGGGGAGGCAGGGAGUGAGGCGAGCGGACGGUGCUCCCUGUGCCUUGCGUCUCGCUCCCACCCCACCUGCUGCCCAUGCGGUCACAUCUUCUGCUGGUAUGCCUGUUGCUCUAUUCCGUUUCUUCCACCUUCCCAUCUUGUUUACCACUCUUCCCUCCACCACCGCACCCCACCUGCUGUCCUCGCGGCCACAUCUUCUGCUUGUAUGCCUGUUGCUCUACUCCCCACCCACCCGGCUUGCUGCCCUAAUGGCCAUCCCUCUCUUCUGCUAGGGGUGCAUAGCAGAGUGGUGCAACGAGAAGCACGAGUGUCCUCUUUGCCGCUCUGCCUUUCCUCACCCCCGUCUCACGACGUGUUCCAUGCCACCGCCACCUAA